UCGGGAUCAAAGAGUGUCGCAACUCUCUUUAUUACGGCUCUGCCUAAAACCAGAGCAUAAAACGUGUCGUAUUUCAAUUUGAAUAACUUUAUUAACAACGCAAAGUUGAGCAGACAUCCGAUACCUCAGUGAUAUCCUGAACGAGCCACUGACCAACGCAAACAACUUUAGCACAAUGACUGUGCUGCUACUCUUAUUUCUCAUUUGUGGCUGCACCUGUGGGUCUCUCCACGGUGACGACUCAGCAGAGACCCUCAGUUUUGCGGAUGCAUCUUUCUGCGAUGGUGAUCUGGAGGUCAUCUAUCCACAACUGCAUGUUGAUCGAUGUCUGAUUGUUCCAAAGGAUGACAUGAAUCUUCGGGAAAAGCUCACCACUCAAUGGGGAGCUCCAAGUAUUUUAUACCCUCACGCAGAGGAGGACAGGCUAUAUCUUCUGGUGAUGGUUGAUCCUGAUGCUCCAAGUCGUUCUAAUCCAAGGUCCGCUUACUGGAAGCAUUGGCUUGUCACAGACCUACAGGGAAGUAAACUGAGGAAUGGAACGUUGCAGGGGACGACCGUUACUGACUAUUUGGCUCCAAGUCCGCCACCAGCUUCUGGUUUCCACCGCUACCAGUUCCUGUUGUAUGACCAGCCACCCAUUGAGGCUGAGUUGAUCACCGAGCAGAAGAAGUCGAGGCGAGGUCAGUGGGACCUGAUGGCCUUCAUCCACUCAUUUAAUCUGGGAAGUCCUGUGGCCCAAGUACAGUUUCUCACACAAAACUACAAAGACUGAAACUCUCAUCAAAUGUGUCCUGAGCCUGCGUGGUGAUGAGCAAUCAACUGGAGCUGAAUUACCAUUUAUUCUUUCAAGUUUGCACUUUACACUAUAAGAAGAUUAAAUCUCUCUAUCAUUGCAUUAGAGCAAGGGUUUCUCUUUGUAUUUCCCCUCUUGCUGGGUUUUGAUGAUCACAUGAUCCCAUUCUGUAAGAUUUGGGGGAUAGGCUUCAGCCCCGCCGGGGAUUUCUUAUUAGUUUCCGAGCACUGUCGACAAGAAAAGGAAAAGGGCCUCUGAUAUCACAAGCCGGUGUGGAAAAAGUUGCUUCUAAAUCAGGGGCGGAAACACGUCAGGGCCAAAAAAAGGAAGUAGGAGGUGAAACCGAGACCGCAACAUAACCGGAUGCUGCAGUGGAACUAAAAGUGACAGGAUGGCAAGGUGGGGAGGGCCUUAUUUGAUGAAGGGAACUUACCAUGUUUUUAUUUUUUGUUUACAUAUUUCCACUGACCACUCUCAAUUGGAAACAUUAGUGCAACUUCCAGCAAAGUACUCAUUGAUUUCCUGUAGUAAAAGCCCCUCCAUCUAAACACGUCCUUGACUUUGAACCCAUUUUGAUCUUUGGAAAGUUGCGCAAGAGAUCCACCUAGCAGGUCAACUUUUCAACCCUUCUACUUGCUGAUACUUCUUUGUAGAGGUGUGGGUCAGUGUAGCCCCUCCUGAAGAAGUAGUAUUGGUUUCUAACUAGCACCUCUCCUCAGGGAGGGGUUUGUAUCAAUACCCCAGAUGUCCAUCAAGGACUUUGAUGUUGAGAUGAUCAAUCUUUGGUUGGUCCUUUUAUUGACCCUAGUUUGGUGUCUCCUCAGUGGUCCAGGCAGGAGUAGGUAACGUUCCUUUGGUGGUUAAGCCAGCCUUGGUAAACACCCGUGUGCCCUCCUGAUGAACCCUCAGAGAUCAUUGAUCAAUUUGUCCCGCGGCCGCUUUGUUUGCUUCCUGGACUUAACGGUGAAAGCUCUGCAAACAAAACAACUGGUUAGUAUCCAUCACAUGGAACAUCCCUCACCACCUUGAUUUUACCUAUCAAACCUUUUCAUAAUUGGCAAGAUGGCUGUAAUUCCACAUUCAUUGUGCAAGAUGCCAAGUGGAAGAGAAUUAUUCCCCUUUUACUUGGAAAGCAUCAGCAAUCUGGUGUAUUGCCAAGAUUUUGACUUAAAAAUCAAAACAGCGCUUCGCUUCCAUUAAUAUCUCGACGCCUUGCUGCCAAAAACUACUGGAUUUGUCAUUCAGCUUCCACGAAUGUGUUUUAUUUUUAUUUCAAUUGUCAGGACUGACAGCUGUCUGUUGGCAACACACGUUACCCUUGAGAAUAUGGCAAAUGUAAUAUAUUCAAAUUUACCUUAAUUAAAAUGAAUCUUUAAUCAAUUCCAUUGCCUAACCGGGACAGACGUGAUCUCAUAUGUGCAAUGACUUUCUUUUCCACUGUUAAAGAGCGGGCUUGAUUUCACUGGAGAAUUGGAAAUGUAAACGCCACAUAAACACACCUUAUUGUGAAGACGUGUUUCACUAAGCAUUGACCUGCCUUGACUGUACUGUGGGAUUGAAUGUUGUCUUCCAGGUAAAUUCACCUAUAUAUCCAACGCUUUUUUCUGCUCAUCAACAUUAAACACUGAAUAAUGUUCAA